UACUGGGAACUCUCCUUUUAGCUUGUUCGCCAUACCGCUCCCGUUCGUUUCUUUCUUCGACCUCAUCUCUUCCACCUCCAUCUAUUGCUCACGUCUCUGCUCUCCUGCGACUGACAUUCCCCUGGAGCUUGCUUCGUCGAGCUGUUCGCGCGGAUAGAGCUCGUGCUUCCAAUCUGAAACAGCUACCAACAGCGGUGUCGCCUGCAAUCUGACCGCCUUGUUCGAGACUUGCGCAAGCUUGUACAGAACGUCGGCCACUUGUAUUCGAGCAUCAGAGCUUCAAUCACCUGGUCAGUGCGAGACGCAAUAUCGCAGCUCGAGACAACACCUAUCGACGACAUAGCUGGAAGCGCUACCGACCACCGACACCUCAACUUAGCGAUCCCACUUCAACCUUUCGACCCACAAUCCCACGAUACGCAAUGACAAGGGCAAGCGUCUUCAGACGCCGUGACCAGGCUUAUGGCGACAAGGACGGCGUGAACGGAGGUGCGACUAGCAGAGGCAAUGAUCAGGAAAAGAGAUCCCAAGAUGGUAGUCCUGCUGCGAACAAACAACUUCCCUUGUACAAUCAGGAUGGUCACCAAGUGAACCACGCCGGACACAAGGUUACGCCUGGCAUCCAACCCGAUGGUGAAAGUGGACGCAAGUGGUUCAACCCGCUUCACUUCUUCCGCAUCUGCUGGACUUCUUCAUGCACGGCAAGCCGAUAUACGAACGUCCUUUGGCCCUUUACUAUAGCGGCCAUGGUGCUUCACUUCGGUUUCCGCGACCUGGAAUUAUGGAUCUUCAUCACGGCAUACAUCGGCAUGGUGCCCGCGGCCAAUUUGGUUGGCUUUGCUGGGCAGGAACUAGCACGGAAAAUGCCCAAGGUUGCAGGCGUCAUGAUCGAGACUACGUUCGGCAGCGUCGUCGAGAUCAUCCUGUUCACGGUCCUCAUCGUCAAGGCGAAGCACCAGAUGGAAGCAGAUCCAAAUGCCGAGCCUAACACCGCCGUCAUUCGCGCUGCCAUUCUCGGUUCGAUUCUUGCGAACAUGCUCCUGUGUCUUGGCCUCUGCUUCUUCGUUGGCGGUAUCUUCCACCCUCAGCAGGUCUUCCACGAGGCUGUCUCCGAAGUGGGUUCUAACCUGAUGCUCGUCGCUGGGAUGGCUCUCGUGAUCCCGACCAUCUACUACAACACGCUUCUCGACCGAACCGGCGAGCCAAUCUCCGCCGAAUCUCUAAAAAUUGCGAGAGCCACCGCCAUCGUCCUACUGGUCGCUUUUUGCGUCUACGUCUGGUUCCAAGCCAGGAGCCAUCACGGCCUGUACGAAGACAUCCUUGAGGCAGACGAGGAGCGCGAUCACGAUCGCCACAAGGAUCUGCGGAAGCCGAAGCUCACCCUCACCGAAGCCAUCCUCGCCCUCAUCAUCGCAUUGACAUUUGUCGCUUUCAUGGCCGUGUUCCUGGUCGAGAAGAUUGAGUACAUGAUAGCCAACCACAAUCUUUCCGACGCCUUCCUCGGUUUGAUCCUCAUUCCCAUCGUGGAAAAGGCCUCGGAACACAUCACGGCCGUUGACGAAGCCUACGAUAACCAGAUGAACUUUGCUCUCAGUCAUGUCCUCGGCGCCAGCAUCCAAACCGCUCUCCUCAACACCCCGAUCGUCGUGCUCAUCGGCUGGGGCCUCCACGUGCCCAUGAGCCUCGACUUUGAGAUCUUCGACGCCAUCGUCCUCAUCCUCGCCAUCAUCGUGGUCGGCAAUUUCCUUAGAGAUGAAAAGAGCGACUAUCUUGAAGGCGCGCUGUGCGUGUUCGUCUACAUCCUGAUCGCGAUCUGCGCGUUCUUCUACCCGGAUCCACAGCAUGGUCAGGGUACCUCUAGUGCGCAUUCUGAGGCCAUGACGGAGGGCGCGGCGCGGAUGCUGAAAUUGAUAUGA